UGGAGCGAGGAGGGAAGAGGCCGCGGGCUGCUGGCCCCGGGGUCUGCCCGGCCCCCCCCGUGCUGCUGCUGCUGCUCCUGCAGCUGGCCGGGGGGGCCCCCCUAGGCCGGGGGCUGUACCCCAUGCCAGCCGGCGUCCUGCAAGCGCUGUCGAGCCGGGGGACGCUGGUGCUGGAGGCGGCGCUGAGGAGCGCGCUGCUGGCGCUGGAGCGGGCCCAGGCAGAGCAGCAGCGGCAGUGGGGGGCCUGCGGGCUCUGCGCCCCCUGCCUCUUCCCCCCCUGCGCCAACAUCACCCGCCGCUGCCCACCCCCCGCCGUGCCCCCUGGUGUCCCCCCCAGCUGCCAGGCCCUGCUGGACGCCCAGGCGCUGCCCGAGCUGCCCCAGCGCAACUGGGCGCUGAGCCAGGCGUGUGCCCCCUACCACCUCCUGUGCCCCCCCCGGGGGGCUCAGCCCCACUGCGCCCUGCUCAGCGCCCAGCGCUGCCACCGCCGCCUCCAGGAGUGCCGGCUGGCAGCCGCCACCCCGAGUGAUGCACCAGCAGAGGCGGUGAUGCCAGGGAGCUGCGGGAACCGUGCGGGCCCCCCCAUCAAUGCCACGGCCCCCCGAGGACGGAUCAUGGGGGGCAGCGUGGCCCCCCCGGGGGCCUGGCCCUGGCUGGUGUCGGUGCGGCUGCACGGGGAGCUGAUGUGCGGAGGGGUGCUGGUGGGGCACGCCUGGGUCCUCACUGCUGCCCACUGCUUCGCCGGGACCCAGAACGAGCUGGCGUGGACGGUGGUGGUGGGCGACCACGAGCUGGGCAAGCAUGACCCGGGUGAGCGUGCAGUGCCCGUCAGGCGCAUCGUGCCUCACCCCAAGUUCAACCACAAGACGUUCCAUGGGGACCUGGCGCUGCUGGAGCUGGCGGUGCCGCUGGCCCCGUCAGCCACCGUCAGCCCCGUGUGCCUGCCCAGUGGCCCCGCGGAGCCCAGCCCUGGCACCCCCUGCUACAUCGCGGGCUGGGGGUCCCUCUAUGAAGAGGGGCCAUCGGCCGAGGUGGUGAUGGAGGCACAGGUGCCCCUGCUCAGCCAGGAGACGUGCCGGGGUGCCCUGGGCAGGGAGCUGCUCACCAGCACCAUGUUCUGUGCCGGGUACCUGUCCGGGGGCAUCGACUCCUGCCAGGGCGACUCAGGGGGCCCACUGGCAUGCCAGGACCCCUCCUCGCGCCGCUUUGUCCUCUACGGCAUCACCUCGUGGGGUGACGGGUGCGGUGAGAGGGGCAAACCCGGCGUCUACACCCGUGUCGCUGCCUUCGCGGACUGGCUCAGCCUCCAGAUGGACUCCGCCCCUGGCAGCCGGGAACCGAGCUGCUUUGAGCUGCUGGCCCUGUCGCAGCUGCCCCCCGAGCGGCAGCCCCCCGAGCGCACCCGCCUCUGCUCCUUCUACGCGGGGUCCUGCCGGGCACCCCUGGGCCAGGCUGCCUGCGCCCGCCUUGCUGAGGAGACCUGCCGUGCCCGGGCGAGGCGAUGUGAGCUGCACUCCUACGCCCAGACGCUGGUGGGUCUCCUGCGCCGGGCCGGGGACUUCAUCCGGAACCAGGUCGACUUCUCCUUCCUCACCCGCGCCCUGCCCCAGCUCCUGGGCAAGAUCUACGGGCACUUCUUCCCCGCCCGUGUCCGCAGGGAUGCUCCAGACGUGGCUGUGGCAGGGGACCAGCCUAGCCCCAAGGCAGAGGGACCCCGGAGACCCCCCACCAGGCGGGGGGCCGGGCAGCCGCCCCCCUUUGCGGGGCUCUUUGGGGCUGUGGGGCCCCAGCUGCAGGACUGGGUGCAGGCGCUGAGGGCCAUGGACGGGGGCAGCCACCCGGCACCCACCCCAGAUGGGCAGCAGCUCCCCGGGGAGACGUGGCUCUUCUUGCAGCAGGGCGAGGAGGAGGUGGAGGAGCUGGUGGGACAGGGCAGAGCCUUCCUGGCCCAGCUCCGGGCAGAGCUGGACCUCAACACCCCCCUGGAAGCCAAGCAGCAGAGGCAGGCACCCAGAGAGCCAUCAGGGACCCCUACACCAAACCGGUUGGUGCCGAGGGAGAAGCGUGAGCUGGUGCCCACACAACCGGGGCUGGAGGAGGAGGAGGAAGAAGAGGAAGAGGAGGAGGAGGCAGGUGUGGGCAGAGGGGCUGCAGCCUGCCCUGGCCUCAACGCCUCGGCGCUGCGGGUGGGCGCGCUGCAGGAGCUGUACGCAUGGGUGCUGCGGGUGCCGGAGCCGGACCUGGCCAUGACCUUCCAGGAGAUCCUGGUGGACCUGGGCUCCAAAAACACCAAGGGGCUGUACCGGGCGCAGGUGCGGGCCACGGUGGGUGGCCGCCCCACGGCUUUCGCCGGCCUCGUGGGGCUCCAGAGUGACUCGCUAGCCCGCAGCAUGCCUGGCCUCGUCGCUUUGGCCCUCGAGGCUUUGAAAACCUAGGGGUGCUGGCCGGGGAUGGGGUCUCUCACAUCUUUCAACUCCCCCCACCAGCUCAGGCUCUCCCACUCCUUUUUCCCCCAUUGUGCAUCAGUUUCCCUCCUCCCACCGACCUCCUGGGGUGAUGGGGGGUACCUGGAGCAUCUCAGCUGGGGUCCUCAGCCCUCCUCUCCCUGGCACCCCCAACUUAGCAGACCCCCACACACCCUGUAUUCCCCACAGGCACCCGGACUGCUAUUUAUUUGUACAGAGAAAGGUUUAUUUUUCAAUAAAG